CUGGGCAACAUCACUUCCUGGUUGAGUUCCCAUGCUUGUUCUGUGCUUAUCUAGUUGCUGCACGUUUCUUUCGGAGUCCAACAGUACAGAAUCUCAUGGCCAAAGAUAAAUCUUUGAAAUCAGGAUCAAGUCUUCCUAAGAGGAAAAAGUUGGGUUCAAAUGCUAGUGAGGUUCAUCCAGAAGAAAUGAUGGAUGCUGAAGUAAAAAAGAAAAGGAAAAAGAUGGAGGUAGAGGAUGCUCCAGUACAAAUUCCUCAAGACACAAUCACAGCAGAUGAUAAAAAACAGAAAAAGGACAAGAAACACAAAAAGAAACAAGUGACAGAGCCAACUAAGAUUUCAGAUCCACCCAGUCGCCCUGAGGGGACACAUGAGCCGGAGGGAGAGGAGGACUUGAGUCCCGAAGAGAGGCGGGUCCUUGAGAGGAAGAUGAAGAAAAUCCUGAAAAAGGAAGAGAAGAAGAGGCUGAAGGCAGAAGGAGAGACCUUACCGAAAACAGAAGCAUCUGGACCCACCGCACCUCAGCAGGCCUUAGAUUACCUCACCUGCUGGGCUGAGAGGCGCACAGAGUGGAAGUUCCAGAAGACCAGGCAGACGUGGUUACUGCAGCACAUGUUUGACUCUGAAAAGAUUCCAGAUGAGAAGUUCUCCGUGCUGCUCGAGUACCUGGAGGGGCUUCGCGGAGGGGCGAGGGACACUACAGUGCAGAAGGCCUUAGCCCUGGUUGAAGAGUCAGGACAAGCACCAGAGGACGUGGCUGUCCAGCAGAGGGCGCACAGAGCCAGAGAAGUUAUCCAGCUGCUUUCCUGACCUACCACUGCUACAGGAAGUUAUCACAUUCACCAGAAAAAGAGACUGAACUCUGUUGAUCAGUGGACUGAAUGAUUGGCCUGACCUCAGGCUCAGACUAAAACUGUUGCUUUAUACGUCUUAUUUUUGUAAUGGACCUCUGGGGAAAGGACAAAUUUUGGUUAAAUCACAAGUAUUGCUUUGUAAAUACGAAGUCCUUUUAAGUUCAUUUUUAAUAAGUUAUACUUAGGAUGUAUUAGUACCCUGGGGUACAGUAGUUGAUUGUUAUCACCCCAGAUGUUAAGAAUUAAGAUAAUGUCCAGUUUCACCAGUAUGGACAAAUGAGAGAUGUAACCCCCCCCCCCACAGAUAAAACAGAAAGCUGAGACCUCUGGAGUUACAAGUCUCAGGAAUGUUUGUAGUCAAGACAUGUUUGUGCUUGUUGAGACCCAUAAUCAGUGAAGUCCCUGAUGAGCAUAACUUUUCUUACCCACUCUAGGUAUAAUCACAAUGAGCAUGUUUUGUUUUGACAAAUCCAUUGUAACAAAAACCUUAUCCAGACCAGUAGUUCAUGUUCCACACAUGUGCAUUUGAGUUUUUUUUUUUUUUUUUUUUUACUUAUUUUUGUUAUAAAUGUAAAACCUUUUUCUUAAAUUAAAUCUUACACAUCAAGUAUGUGCUGUCAAUACAAUCAAAUUUUUCAUAAUAUCCAUGUAACCAAGCUGUGAUCAUGUUCACUAUUCACAUCUCCUCUAUUCCCAUAACAGAC